AUGUGUGGGGAAGAGUUUCGCCUGAGAAAUUUUAAAUUUUGGCAUCCAUUUCAACGAGACUUCUCGGAAUCGAGGGUAAGUUGAAUAAGAAGCAAAUUACACAUUAAUCUAGGCAUUGAAUUAUGAAAAGAGUGCAUUAAAAAUGUGGCAAGAGAGCUCACUUUACUAUUUCCAAAACUCAACAGACUCAAUCAGUUUCGUACAUUAUUAACAAAAUAGAGAUCGUACGAAAUUGAAAGGGUGUUCAUUUUGAAAAAUUUCGGUAAUAUUUUCAUUAGAAUUCUAACUCGGCAGCUUUGCCAAUCUCUCCCUAAAAGAUCCAUAUUUGUCUCAACCUUCAGUAAUUUAGGCCAUCUCCAUAAAAUUAUUUUCAUAAUCUAAUCUAUCUUUAACAUUUCCUGGGAAAAUCAAGGAGAUGGAAAGGACGCCCAUAAACCUCGCAACUUCGUUAUUGUUAACAAAAUUUGCAUUUCAAAUUUCACUAUAGAAAUUAUGAUCUGUUUCUAUUUAUAUAUCGCCUACGCUUGGAUCAGAAAACAGCUGAAGAACAGCUAACAAACUAAUGCCCAUAACCAAGCUUUUCCUGAGUUUAGGCUUUCUCUCCUUUUUUUAUCUUCUUGACCAACCAACCCAACCGCUCUAACUGUAAAAUUGCAUUCUUAAGGCACUUCGUUGUCAAGGUGAUGAAGCUGUCUUCUCUAAAUUUCGAAAGACGUGCAAAUUAACGAGACAACUUUAUGAAAAACAUCUUAAAUAUCUAACAGAUUGUUCCUAUAUCUACAACGCUAUAUCGCCAUAUCGGGAAGACCAAAUUUUAGAGUUCUAUAUUUCAUUGUAAGAUUUGUGAUCGAAAUUCGCUACUGAGAUCAAAGAUUUUUCAUUCUAAGCACUCACUGAGGUGACUUCGAGUUAUUUGCUUCCUUAACGGUAUUAAUUUCUGAAGUGAUUUCAACCUUGACCUCAUACGUGAAGGUGUAAGUAGUUUAUCGGAUUAUCAAGAUAUUGGCCAUUUCAAAAUUCCCAGCUAUUCAAAACAAGUCGUUAUCGUGAUUUUUUCUCAAUAUCAACGGCGGGCUGCAUAGAAACACUUUGUUUUAAACAAGCAAUUGGAAGGAGAGAGGUGUGAUCCAAAUGUUCCCCUGACUGUAGAAGAAAAUGAAAUAUACUUUCCCUUAACUCCAUACGCAAACAAAAGGAUUUACGACUGAGUGAAAUCUUUUUACAGACGAAAGUGUAGCGUUGCAAUCCUUCUUUGCUACUACAGCUUUACACUCUGAUGGUUUCUAGGUUUUUGUGCUCAGUGUAAAUGAAAAAAAAAAAAAAAAACAGCUAGAAAACUUCAGUGAUGAUAAGACCAAAAGAGUUCACAUUUACAUCUAAAGUUGCCACGCAGGACCGAAAAAAAGACUCAGAAAAAAGGGGGAAUAUCCCAAAGCAUGGGAGUGUAAAACAGUCUAUAUGCUCUUACCCCAGGUCAAGAACUAAGGUUUCAAUUUUCAUUCCAUAUUCCUCCAAAGCCAACAUCUCUGUCCUUUAAUUGUAUCGAUGACAAAUGAUAAGAGUAACUCUUUCAAUCCCAAGAGCUUAUUGUUAAUUCUCCCCUCUAGCUUCUACACAUUUCUUUAUGAAUUAGUAACGAGAAUUUGGUGUUAAAUUGAGAUAACUUCUACCUGAUAAGUCUGAGUAUUCUCAUUACCCGGUGUCUGGAUUAUGUAUGCGUAUUGUGGCGAGAAGUUACGUGUUAAUCACUUCUGGGAGUUAAACGGUUAAUCAUAUUGCGUUUAUCUGCUUUUUCCUUCUUAUUAGUGGCUAUCCUUACCUGUUUUUGUGACGUACCGUGUGAUAGUCACUGCCUACAACCUUGGAUGGCUGUUCUACAACAUGUACCUGUUCGGAGCCAAGCUUUUUAUUUACCUAACAAACUGGACUUUCCUUAUCUUAAACAUCUACUUUGUCUACGCAACUACUCUAUCCUGUAUUGCCCUUUACAAAGAUGUAAAGAAGCAGAACGAAGCUGUUUCAAAAGCAAGCGGCAAGGACGGACCAGAUGAAUACAUAGAGACUGGUGACGACUCUAAUCGCACCAAUGCCCGCGAAGUUGAUAAUCUGCGGUUGCAUCAUAAAAUUUUCUGGGUCAUCUACAUCAUCUCAGCAACAGCAGGACUAUGGAUUACCGCUGGAUACUGGACCAUUCUCUUCGAAAACGACACUGUCGGUGCCAAUAACAUCACAAAACAUGCGCUCAACUCUGUUUUCAUGGUGAUUGACACUUUUCUGAGCUCGAUUCCAAUCCGCCUCUUACACUGGGUGUACGCUUUGUUGUACUCAGUCAUAUACAUUCUUUUCUCGGUUUUCUAUUGGCUGGCUGGAGGUACCAAUAAUCAGGGUAAACCUUACAUCUACUCUGCGUUGAAUUACGGUGAUUUCCCGACGACCACCGCAAUUCUUAUGGUGGUUUUUCUUCUCGUGGUUCUGCCGAUUUUGCAUCUGAUUUACUUCGGUUUAACUAAGUUACGAGAUUAUUUCUAUAAAAAGUAUAAAAGCCAAUGAAAAAAUUAGGGAACACGAUAUUGUAGACUGACUAUUAUUAUAACGAUAAUGAGAACGACAACACAUGUGAGGGUACUUUUCAAAUUUCAAUUUUUAUGUAUAAAUUAAUUAUCAUAGCAGUCUACUACCUUCUGCAAGUUUCCUGUCCUACCUCAAAAAACGUUUGAUUCAAUAGGCACAUAGGCACAAUACACGCUUAGCUGCAAAAAAAACUUAUAAUCUCCAAAACUAACAGGAAUUUUAUACAUCUGAUUUCAAGAACCAUAAAUAUGUGAUACCCUUGUUGCAAAUAAGGAUCCCUCUUUCUCUCUACUUUAACAGCACACCAUAUAUAUGUAGAUAAUUAUCGAUCCUGUUUUUGUUAUUUUUGCGUAAUUAUACUUUGUUUGUAUACGUGUGAAUGUAACUUGUGUGGUUUGUACCCACCUCAUGAUUUCUAUAUAUAUUUAAAUACAUACUGGCAGUCAGUUUCCUUAAACAUUUACACCCUAACAUCACCAUGCAUAUUCUCCAUACUGUUCUCUAUACAUAUCCUAAGGUGCUGACAAGGAGAAUUUGUUUAUCAAUCAAGAGAAUGUUUAGUUGGUGAUCAUUUCUUUUUUUCUCAUGACCUUACUGUGUAAUGCAGGGGUUAUAUACUGUUGGGAGAAAUUAGAUGCUAGUCACUCUUACGGGCUAAGGGUUUCAACCCGUGGUUAGUAUUUUGGGUCUCGGGUCCCUUGCACAUUAAGUGUAAAUUAAAAUUUAUAUGAUAUGGUUGUAUUAACAUGAUAUGUGGUACAGAAAAACUUUGUUGUUGUUGGAAAUAGCUAACGACGAUGAUGUGAAUGAUAGAGACAUUUAUUUAUACACAAAGUUACAACUUAGCCAAUACUUUGCAUAUAGUCGCAGUCGUAUCUGAUAGCUACCAAAAAUGAAAGUGGAAAUAUUAUAUCAUAUAAAGGAAUCUUUUGAAUAAGAGCUUCAGCUGAGUUAUGAAUCCGCAGGCUAUAAAAGGUUUUGGUAGAUGGUUUGAUGAUUGUCGACUUAGAAGACUGUUUUUACAUUAUUUCAUUUAAGAGUGAGAAACCAAAGACAAUAUUAAAUCGCCUUCUUCAAUAUUGAAGCAAUAUUGAAUCGACUUCUUUGCCCACAGGUAGGUCUUGAAGAUUUAGCUUAUAUUUUCUGAGAUUCUCAAUCUUACAUUUGACAAAUAGAUCUUUAAGUGAGAUCGGUUAAUUAGCUAGAUGCUCUAAAAGUCGUCUUAUAUGUUCAGCUCAGUAGUUGACCUGCAGAUGUGAUUGCAGAGAUUUGUUUUUCUAGAUUAAUAAAAGGUGUUGGAAACUGUACGAUAUGUUGAUUAUUCCUGUUUGAUUGACAUUUAUAACGAUUUCAAUGAAUGCGCUCUGAGCGAAGUCCAUCAAAUAAUGAUUUUAAUUAAGGUACUGGGUUCGUUAUACGUACGAGCCCAAACACGAUCUAAUUACAAGUUAUCUUAUAGAUAAAUACCAUGUCGUCGUGUGUGUUCUGAAAUAAUUGACGUCAAAAUGUACUGAGAACAAAAGUGUAGCACAAACCAUAAGCUCAUAAUUAAGUCGCAUGCAAGGCGCAGCCGACAGAGUGUGUCAUUGAUGUUCGUAUUAUGCACAAUCCCAAAAAAUUAACCGGUGUUCCACUUCACAUGUAAUUUGUAAUGUAAUUUUCUCUUGACGCCUUUACAUCACACUUUAUGACAAGAAGACCUCCAAUUCUCGAAUCUGUGUAUUCAUUAUAUCAAGGUUUGCCAGAUUGUAAUACCCUUAACACAGCAGAGUUCAUUUCGCUAAAAAAAACUUCGGGCUUACCCUUUCUUUGUUUGCUUUAUUUCCUUUCAUUUCGCUAUCUUUUUUAGUUCUGUUUUUUUUAUAUAAAAAAUAACUCUAUGUUAGCAUGUAGAGUGGUAUGUUGCUCGUACCAAUCAGAUCGCCGUAUCUGGGUAUGUAUCUCGCACCAAUCAGAUUGCCGCUUAAAGAUACGCUUCUCGGACCAAUCAUAUCACAGCAUUUGGAUAUGGUGCAUCAAUCAGAGCGUGAUCGGGUAUGUAUCUCGCACCAAUGAUACCACAGCUUUCUUACAAAUGAUGUCAUGAAACCAGGUGGCUGUGCACAAAGAAUGACAUAAACCAUAAACUUUGGGCUAGUUUUGAUAAGUGUAAUGAUUUGUGUCCUUAUCAAGAGCCUCGUUGAUUAAGGUCGAGAUUUAUCGGGACAUGAAAGGUUCGCAGUUAAUCUCUUUGUGUCAUUUUUAAGUUAAAAGGUGUUUUAUCCGCUCUUUUACUCACAACUUACACGUCAAACAACUUACAUAACAUCACGUACCAUGAAAACAAUGUUCAAAGUCCAUUCAGAACAUACCCAAUCAUUGCAAUACAUGAACACUGGGCAAUUUUUCACGCGCCUGAACUGAAUUCCACCCAGCAAAUUCCAUUUUGCCAAAUUAUACUCCGCUCCAUCGCUCGUCAUUCCCCUGUAAAUAACCUGCAUUUUAUCACGUAUUUCACACACAGUGGGCAAAAUUCAGAUGGGCAAUAACCAAUCGGGGAGCAAUCUUUGAAAUAUGAUCCUCUUCUCUUGCUCGAUAUAUCUUCACUUAUUCGAGAUUGCAAUAUGUCUUUGGCUAGGGUCUAUUGGAGAUACAACAGAGUUUCAGUUUGCUUUUGGUAGUAAAAUUACCUGGAAUUUUAUUUUUGAGGCAAGUAACUGUAGACGAAUAAUUUCGAUUUUCUCUCUGUCAGAGGAACUGCAGUAAGCGUAGUCUCUUUCGCAACAUUUAUUUGGUCUCAUUACACAACGCACUCUCUCUCAACAUGGCGUUGUGCGACGACACUAAAAAACUACUGCGAGGGAAACAGCAAUAAGUGUGGCACCGAUGCAUUUUAUUUUUGCUUAGGCCAUUUUUUUUCUCCGUUUAUUGUCGUCCGACCGACCCAAAUUUUUGGCAUUUAAAAAAAAAAAAAAAAAAAAAAAAAAAAAAAAAAGGUAACGACGUUGUGAAACAAUUUUCACUUUAAAUAAUUCUUUUAAUCUGAAAAAUGAGUACAGUAACAGCAUAGAGAAAAACAGGAACAAAAACAGGAACACUUUUUACAGUAUAUUGUGCAUUUUGUUAGUCCAAAUACGUAAAUAUUCACUUUUCACGUCAUCCUCGUUGUUAAUCAACUGAGAUGAUAAUAUUAACUUUAAACGUAAUCCUGCUCUUUGAUGUAAUAUCCGAUGAAGGAUCCUGUAACUUGAAGUUACCAAUCGAGUCAUUCAGUCUCACGGCUACGAAGUCUGUAGGUAAUCGCUUACCAAGUUCUUAAAACCAACCCGGUACGAAGCCGUAAUGUUUGACAUAACCAGGACUUCCUUUUCAAGCAUUUGUUGAAAAGUGAGGGAUGCUGGUAUGGCGCAUAGGAGUUUAGGUGGUCGAUCCUUUUUCCAAAGUUGUCAUAAUUUUACAAUAAAAUCAACCAACCUUUCCGCCAUAUUGAUUUUGGGUUCAUGUCUUGUUGUUUUCAGACUGCAGGGGUAAUAGGCCUCCAAUUCAGAUACUUCUUGCAUUUGUUUGUUCUUUUUUUUCUCAGUUUUUUUUUUUUUUUUUUUUUAAAGGGGAUGGCCUUUGAAGUAUUUAGACAGUAGACCACAAAAUACCUUUGCGAGUUCAUAUAAAUCAGUUUUUUCCUCUCUCUUAGUUGAAGUAACGCGAUAUUUUCGUCCGUUUAAAAGUUACACAGUGUCCCAUCUCCGCCCAGCCGAAAGAAAAACUCUUGUAUGCCACGCAUGCCUAUGUUUAUUUAUGUGCGGUCACGAACGUCUCACAUUCGUCAAUUCAUAAUGUACUGAUUUAUUUGAACAUGUAAACAGUCAAUAAAGCAACAAAAAAGACGGUAUAAAUUGCACGUAUUUGAUGCGAUUUUUACGAACAGCGAUUAAAGAUUAGAAUAGAUACCAGUUUUAUAGAGGAUCAAGCUGAUGCGAAGGAAACUUCGUCGCUCUACAGCACUGAUGUCGUAAUAUUGCGUGCUGUGCGUGAGAAGCACAUUGGGGCAUCAAGUGACGUAGUUCUACUUGAAUGAUGUCCGGCUGCCGCUCAAUUUUUAUGUAAAUUCACUCGCCUACGUAAGAAAAAAAAAACAUUCAAAAGUAUUGAGCACCUCGCCGAAGCAAGUUUUUCCCCGUUUAUCUCUAGCUGAUCACCGCUGAUUUCCACAGCUAGAGGAAACUUAAAAAUGUGCGGGAGGGAAUUUCGCUUGAGAAAUUUCAAAUUUUGGCACCCAAUCUAUCGUGAGUUUUGCGAGUCUCGGGUAAGUUUUGUAAGUUGUAAAGUACAUCUCAUCUUAGGCGCUUUAUUCAAAGCAAUGCAUCUUGGAAAAAAACAUCGGGCUGAAGCAUAAGUCAUAAAACUAGGAAUUUCAGGGUAAGAAAGUGGAGAUAUUACAAACUAUACUGCCUACAAUCUAUUUUCAUUGAUAACGAAACUGUUAUUAGGUAUCGAACCCUGUCGUGCACAGACCUUGUUUACUUGAUCUCUAUGUAAGAAGGCGACCACCCUUUACAUAUUGUUGCAAAUUUGAACAUGUUCAAAUUCAUGUAACAGCAGUUGUAUUAGUCUCUCGCACACAGAUUGUAAAAGAUCUUUUAACGUCUCAUCAUUUCAAAUUUUCAAGAUUUACACCAGCAAUAUGGUUUUAUUUAUGGCUUGAUCGACUCCAAACCAGGAUUCGCAAACUGUAACACGUUACGGUUUGUGACAUCAAAUUAAAAACCUAAUUGGGCAAAAUGCAAAUUUAAAAUCACUUCACGACUGAAAGAAAAACAGAGCCGGUUUUUUUAGCUUAUUAUCAUCUAGCGUACGUUUUAAAUCCUGUUGGAUACUCUGAAACGACGAUUAAAAUUUUCAAGUUGUGAACAGUUGAGUACAAUGUUUUCUAUGUCGAUACACUUCUAGCUUCUUUUAACAAUUACAUAGCUGUUAUUGAAAUCCAAUGAAAGAAAUUACACCUUUAUCGGCCCUGUGAUGGUAGAGUGGGUGUUUUCUUAACGUUAGUGUAAGAAAUAUUGGCUAUAGUGACGUAAAGUGAAUGUGGAAUAGAUAAAGAAAUAUUUCGUGAGGUUGGCUCAUAGCAACAGAUAGUUACAUCAAAACAAUUUCAAAAGCAACUAGCAACCACGGCACACUGUGUGACAUUUACGCCAUUUAUUUACCAGUCUUUGGAAAUAUCAAUGACUCAACUGAAAGGAGACUUUUGGAAAAAUGAGACGGCAAUUCACUCAAAAUUAUUCGAAAAAAAGUUUAUACGAGUAAAUUUUAUCUAGUUAUUAGGCACCUUAAGCAACAGACGUCUCCGGCCUCACGAAGGCAACCGGAAACGUGAAAUUUCUUUGCAGUCCUCACCGCGCAUAUACAACAAGUUGUGAUUUGCCGUUGAAUACGAGAACGUGAUCACUUAAUCUUUUUUAUGAUCACUUUUAGAUUACUUUCGGACUUCAAUUUGGAAGCUAGGUAAAAUUACAUGAUGAUUAAUUUUAUGUGUGAAAUAAUGUUCUGCAAGCAUUAUUAGGCUCAUUUUUUUAAGUUUUUUCACAUGCUAAACUAGUGUUCAGCGUAGCGUUGCUUUCAUUCAAUGGAAUAAUUAGUUGUCUUUUCCGAUUUUUCAAUGUAUAACCGGUGGAUUGUUAUAGCUUGAAAUAAUACUUCAGUCAUUUUUGUAAUUCCUUCCUCUUGGCCAUUCAUAUAAUAUAGAAGCUUUUAAAUCGACUCAAAUUAAUUUUGUAUUUAGUGUGCCGAAUUUAGUGUGGGAAUUAAUCGCCAUGUUCACAAGCAGACAAAUGCGCGCUGCUUUUGCACACGAGGUAGUUGCGUUCUUCGCAAAAAGUUUUUUUUCCGGCACUUGAAUCAAAAUAGCUAAUAAAAAUAAUGAGUAUACAACUGAUGGUAAUUGAUCGCUUUAACAUUACACAUAUAACAUGUAAAACAAUUUCUGUCUUUGAUUGUUGGAAACUGUACGAUACGUUAAUUAUUCUCAAUUUGAUUGACAUUUAUAAGGGAUUUCGUUUAUUUAUACAUAACUAAGCAACCUGUGUAUGGCACUGUUCCACGUGCUUACUACGAGACGUUGAGUGUGUUUCCUUCUUAUAAGCCGAGAGUUGUGAGUGGGAGUCAACCGAAGCGUAGUUAAGCAAAAUUUUUUAAUCAAGCGAACAAAUCGUGAGUUUAUAAAGAAGCGUGAUACGGCUUUUUCACGUUUUCGACAUUGAUAUGCCAAGACAGAACUCUUUUCAGCUUUAUAGUUUGUGAUUUUUGGCUAUAAUAAUUUCAAAAGGGAUGUGUCUAUUAUAAGAAAAACUUUAAUAGUGUGAGGCUCAAAUUCGUCGGUUUAUUUUUCAUAUAAAGUGUAUGUUUAACCCAUAGAUAAAGUGGACAGAACAAAAAGAUAAAUUAGUGUUAACAACUGAGUUGAAAACGUAUUCAACUCAGUUGUUAACACUAAAUUACCUGCUGUACUCUCCCACCGACACAGCACCACAGUUUCUUUAGAAACUUACCCCCUUUAUUCAGAACAAAAAGAUGUCAUGUUGGUCGGAAAAAUCUUAUUAUGUGAACCCUUUUAAUUCAAGGCUAGCUCCAAAGAGCGUGGUUCUGCAUGGAGCCAAAUAGCGCAAAAUCUGAACACACAUCCAGGAUUCACAGUAUCUCAGAGAGCUGUCAGAGAUCGUUACGUCGUGAAGAAUGGCAAAUUCGUUUGCUUUUGUGACUCUUUUAAUAAAGGAAACCGAAAGUAAAUCUCGCGUUUCCUUCAAGCUCGACAAGAUCGGACAAUGGGAAGGAAUCGAGAACUUCAUUGUGAAUUAUGAGUUUACCACCAAAUUUGCGAAGCUCGCUCGGCGCGGCGUCACGUAUUUCGGACGCUCUGCUUAAGGAUGGCAACUCGCAGUCGCGACCGCAGCCUGAAGCCGUUCUACCCCCAGUUUCUUAUCGGUAGCUACAUCGCCGUCGUCAAAGAAAACGUCCGUUGCUUAAGGCGCCUAUUGCCUUAGUGGAAGGGCCGGACGGGAAAGUAUUUAGCUUCGAGGUCAUGACGUAAUUACUGGCCGAGCGCAGGGAAGUUCAUGCAUCGCGACCGUCAGCAAAUAUUUUUUUAAUUUUCUUUUGGUCCGACCUAACUCAGUCAAUAUGUGGUUUAUCAAAUGACCAUGGCUCUUUCUCUCUCUUUCUUUCCUUGAGUAUUUUGUAUCUCUGGGGCAACUACUGCGAUACGCAGUGCCACACGUUUUCAAGAUGCAGAAACACAAUGGAGUAUAACAAGACGAAUUACUUUAAUUUGAAAGAAAUUUGAAUUAAUUUGAAAAACUGAAAAGAGCCUCGUUGUGACAUUUUGGCGUCAGUUUGUUGAUUUGUCGUUUCAGUUUGAGCUUUAUCAAAAAAUGUUUAAUGUAAUACUUGAUUCUAACAGCCUCAGGGUACGCCACUUAGCCAUUUCAACUAUUCGCACAUGUGCGAGAAUUGUAUUAUUGUUCAGCAGUAUUAAAAUUUUAACCACUCCAUUUCCAUUUCUUUCAGUGGCUGUCCUUGCCUGUAUUUGUGGCGUAUCGUUUGAUCGUCACAGCCUACAACCUUGGAUGGCUUGGUUACAACAUUUAUGUCGCUGGUGCCAAACUUUUCAUUUUCUUAACAAACUGGACUUUCCUAAUCUUGAACAUUUACUUUGUCUUUGCAACCACGCUCUCUUGUAUCGCUCUCCAUCAAAACCGAAAGAUGCUAAAGAGGCCUGCUCCUAUGAGGGGCAGUCAAGCUGGACCGGUUGAAGAUCUGGAAAUGGGGCCUGGUGACAACAGCAAUGGUGCCAACGCCCGCGAGGUUGAUGCCUUGCGGUGGCAUCAUAAAAUAUUCUGGUUCAUCUACGUCAUUUCCGCGACAGGAGGAGUAUGGAUUACCGCUGGAUACUGGACCGUUCUGUUCGAAGACGAUCCUGUUGACGCCAACAACAUCACAAAGCACGCACUAAACUCUGUUUUCAUGGUGAUUGACACUUUUCUGAGUUCGAUCCCAAUCCUCCUCUUCCACUGGAUCUACCCUCUGCUAUAUUUCGCUAUAUACAUUCUAUUCUCAGUGAUAUAUUGGUUAGCUGAUGGGACCAAUGAUAAAGGAGAACCUUUCAUCUAUUCUGCCCUGAAUUAUAAUGAUUUCCAGCUGACCAUUGGUAUACUUUUAGUCGUAUUUCUUCUUGUGGUUCUGCCAAUUUUACAUCUGAUCUUGUUUGGUUUAACCAAGUUACGAGAUUAUUUGUCUGAAAAGUGUAGAAACUAG